AUGGCUGUGUGUUCGAGAGUAAGAGCUUCCAAUUCCCGAACUGCCAACAGAGACACGGUUCUUCCCACUGGCGGAGGGGCCGACGGCAAGUCGCCGAUCUUUGUAUCGAAGGGUACGAUGGUGCACAUCGCGACGUAUGCCAUGCACCGCCGUCACGAUCUCUGGGGCGACGACGCAGAAGAGUUUGACCCCGACCGCUGGCUCGACCAAAAGCAGAAUUGGAAGUUCAUCCCCUUCCUAGGCGGACCGAGGAAUUGCAUUGGCAGUAACGUGAAAAUUGCUCCAACAGCAUAUUCUGAGGUCAAUAGAAGUCACAAUGCCUUACUGGAUAGUCUUUCGUCGGGAGAAGUGAUCUACGGUGUCAACACCGGCUUUGGUGCCUCCGCACAUACUCGCACAAAAGAUGUCCAAGCGCUUCAGCGGGUGCUGACUCGAGAACUCGGUUACGGCAUCCUUCCUCCGGGUUCACGCGAUGCUCAACCGCGCCGACGCAGCGUUUGUGAAGACCAUCGUGAAUUUGACCUGUCACAGGAGGAAGCGAACGAGUCGUACUACCUGCCAUUGACCUGGGUCCGAGGUGCUAUCCUCCUAAGGAUCAACACGUUGUUGCGAGGGCAUUCGGCCAUCCGCCCGGUCAUCCUGGAUCGUUUGGAGGCACUGCUAAUGCACAAUAUCAUUCCCAUGGUGCCCACCCGCGGCAGUAUCUCUGCUUCUGGGGACCUGAGCCCGCUGGCAUAUAUCAGCGGUGUCAUCCAGGGAAAGCCUACAAUCCGGGUAUUCCCCACCUCUGCUCACGAUCAGGAUCUUUACGCAGAUGAAGCCCUCGCUGGUGCCAGUAUCCCGCCAGUGGACCUGACGGCAAAGGAGGGACUCGCCAUUGUCAACGGAACGGCCAUUUCGGCGGCCUGUGGUGCCCUCGUGCUUCAUGACGUGCAGCAACUGGCUAUGCUCUCGCAGAUUCUGACAGCCAUGACUGUGGAAGCGCUACUUGGAUCACCAGAGAGCUUCGAUCGCUUUUUCGGGGAAGUCCGUCCACACCCGGGGCAAGUGGAGAGCUCUCGCAACAUCCGCGCAUUCCUGAGGGGGUCCCAGCUGGCUCGGAUCAAAGACGGAAAAGACGGGGCUCUGCGACAAGACCGAUACUCCAUCCGCACUGCGGCGCAGUGGCUCGGUCCGGUACUCGAAGAUCUACUCCUCGCCCACCAGCAGAUGAGCAUCGAAUGCAAUUCGACCACGGACAACCCAUUAGUGACCCACGACGGUGCGUUCCUGCAUGGGGGCAAUUUCCAGGCCAAGGCCGUGACCGCCGCAAUGGAAAAGAGCCGCCAAGGCGUGCAGACCAUCGGCCGCAUGCUGUUCACGCAGUGCCAGGAGAUGAUCAACCCCGCCACCAGCUGGGGCCUGCCCCCGAACCUCGUAGCCGAGGAGCCCAGCAAGUCGGGGAUCUUCAAGGCGAUCGACAUCUACAUUUCUGCUCUCCAGUCGGAGCUGGGAUUUCUCGCCGGCCCGGUGAACCACGUCCAAAACGCGGAGAUGGGCAAUCAGUCGCUGAACUCCCUGGCGUUGAUCUCGGCCCGAUACACCGCCACGGGCGUGCGGGUGCUGACCGAGAUCGCUGCCGCGCACCUCCUCUCCGCCUGCCAGGCCCUGGACCUGCGAGCCAUGCAGCUGCAGUUCCUGGAUUCGAUCCGUCGUCCGUUUGCGAUGCUGCUCGACGAGUUGCUGCAAGCCAUCGAGCCCGAUGCAGACGGUGAGAAUGACAGCGGAUCCAUAGACGUGGAAGCACUCUCGUGUGCGAUAUGGGACCACCUUGAGACGAUGCUCGACUCCACCGUCACAAUGGAUGCGAAGGACCGGUUCCUGCACAUCGCGAAAAGCAUGCGGGUGCCCAUCCUCGACCAUGUGGGGGUUAGUACAUCGUCGGCCGAGCUGCUCGGGGCGCUGCAGAGCUUUGUCGAAGAAACGGACGCCCUGCUUCUGGACGGGUGGUGUGUCACUCGGGAUGCGUAUCUGAUCCACGGCAAUGCCAGUGCGCACUUGGGGGUGGCAGCGAAGAAGGUCUAUGCGUUUGUGCGGCGGACGCUGGGGGUCCCGUUCCUGUGCACGGCGCAGAUCCUGACGCCGACGGCUGAAGCGAUGCGGACGGGUCGACGCCGCGAGGCGCCGACGGUGGGCUCCUACACGGGGGUGCUCUACCGGGCCAUCCGACGGGGGGAGAUGGUUCCUCUGAUGACGGAGCUGCUGGAGGAGUGUCUGGCGGAGCAUGAGUUGAAUGAGUGAUAGCUGCGUACGGUGACUUUCAAAAGUUGCAAAUACAUGGCAUUCAGCGUGAACUAUGA